AUGGCGACGGCGUACGCCAUCGCCGCGUCCGUCGUCGGCGGCGCGAGCACCUCCGCCGCGCGCGCCAAACUCGCGCCGCCGCCGCGCCCUCGAGCGCCCGAACUCGCGACGGACGCGCAGUCCUUUUUGGGCGCGAGUCACCGCCCGAGCUGGGGUCCCGGCGGCGUUCUCGCGCACGCCGCGCGCGUCUCGGCGCGCGUCGCGAGCAGAGAACACGGCGGAUACGGCGCGGUGAAGGCUGCGCAGCUGGCGCGCGGGUCGCCCCACGCGCCGUGGGGCGUCGUGACGACCGAGCGGUUCGCGCUCAGCGCGGGCGGGGGCGAUUUUCGCGCGAAACGCGCGGCGUUGGACGUCGCGCUCGCGCGCACGGCGGUCGCGGUCGACGCGAACGACGCCGAAUACGACGCCGACGCGUCUUACGGCCCGCGUCUGGUGUUCGAAUGCGCGCGGACGGAGCUCCCGUCGCUGUGCCUCGAGCACCUCGCCGCGAUCGAGGCAGCCGCGCUCGCGAGCGCCGCGACGGGCGCCGCGGACGGCGCGCUCGACGGCGAAGGGACGUUUCGCGCGCCGCCGGAUGAGCUCGCGGCGGAGGUUCGCGCGUGGGACCUCGUGAGCGCGCUGUGGGGCGACGACGAGGACGGCGGCGGCGCGCCCGUCGGGUGCGCCGCGGAUCGGCACCGGAGACGCGCGGCGGUCGGCGCGUGGCUGCGGAAGCAGACCGCGCGCGGCGGCGGAGGGGUCAUCGUUCCGGACGACAGAAACGCGGCGGCGGCGCACGCGGCGGCGGGGCGGAGCUCGCGGUCGGUCGCCUCCGCGGCGGCGAACAGGGAUCCGCGGCUGGCGACGCUCCUCGCGCAGGCCAACGCGGGCGGCGACCUCAGAGCGCUGACCGCGGCGCAGCUCGACCUGUGGCGCGGGUCGCCGGUGGAAAAGUACCUGACGCGCGAGACCUCGAGCGCGUUCGCGCUGCUCGCCGGGGAGGUGUCGCCGCCGGAGGACGUCGUCCGAGGCGUCGGCGCGUGGCCGCAGAAUUUCGGGCUGACGCAGUGGUUCGCGUCGCCGCCGACGACGACGCUGUCCGCGGUCGUGGAGGGCUACCUCGAGGCUGUCGCGAGGGGCGAGGCGGCGUAUCCGGACGCGCCGGGGUUAAUCGCCGUCGACGCGGACGCGCGUCGGUUGAAGGACGCGUCGUUUAACCUGUUGAUCCUGGGAUCGAAAGGGCCGACGGCGCCGUCGGACGCGGACGUCCGCGACGCGUUUCACCCGCUGACGUACUGUGCGAGAGACCUGGGGAACGUGUCGCUCGCGUGGCACUUGUUCGCGACCCUCCGCGCGAUCGGGGCGUUACCCGAGACGGUGGAAAACCGAGCGUUGGGAGACGCGUUGCACGCCAACUUCGCGCGGCAGCUGCUCUCGUCGUCCUCCUCCUCCUCCUCCGAAACGAAGACGCGGCGGCAGCAGCGGCACUCCAUGAUCGAGUGGGCGGUGUUCGUCGCCAUGCACGUCGAGGAUGGCGCGCGCAGGCGCGACCUCGUGAAGGAGAUUCUCAACGCCGGGUGCGCGGAGUGGUGCGACGACGACGCGAAGACGACGUUCAUGCGAGAGACGCUGCGCGUGCCGGAGGCGUGGACGAGGGAGGCGAAGGAGACGUGGGCGAGGUACAACUGGUGGGAGCCGGAGUCGGCGUUCGCGCCCGCGUAG